CGAAGAGGAGUACCAAUCUCACACCAGCUGUCUGCUCUAUUUGGUGAAUGUAUCCUAUUCAUGAUGGAAGCGGCUGUCAAGCAUCAAACGGGGAUCCGACUGCAACGCGUUCAUGAUGAUUUCUGGUUCUGGGACUCGGAUCAAGACAAGGUAGUCCAAGCAUGGCGGGUGAUGAACGAAUAUGCCAGUUCGGUCAACCUCCGAUUCAAUACGGAAAAGUCUGGUUCUGCUGUGGUCAGCAACAAGGACAACAACAAAGCAUCUCUUGCAGCAUUUGGACCAUCGCCUUUACCUCAAGCUAGAGUAUGGUGGGGAUCUCUGGUCUUCCGAGCGGAUGGGCUUUUCCAAAUUGAUCAUGCUUUGAUUGAGCCUCACAUUGAAGAGAUGCGACAAAAGCUAAAGACCAGCAAGACGGUUCUCAGCUGGGUUAAUGUAUAUAACAAGUACACCGCUUUCUUCCUGCGAAGCUUUGGAUCGUGUGCCAAGGUUUUAGGCAUUCAGCAUUUGAAUCAGAUUGGUGAAUGCAUGCAGAUGAUUCAAAAACGAGUAUUCCAGGAGCAAAACGGUAAUGCUCUUGCUGCGUUGAAGAAGCAGUUUGAGAUUUUCCAAUCUACGGACAUCCUAGACAUGUGGGCAUACUGGCCACUUCCAGCAGGAGGACUCGGCAUGAAGAACUAUUUGAUGGAUAUUGGAGCAUUAAGAGAGACAUUCAUCAAGGUAGAGCACACUGACUUUACAGAUCUACCUAAGGAAGACAAGGUGCUGUGGGAAGAGCAAGAGAAGAACAAAGAGACUGCCCGCAAGGACUUACACAUAACUUUAGAGGCAUUGGAGGACGUGUCCAGUACGUGGUAUUCUCAAAGACAGGUUCACUUGCCGCAAACGUUUGAACAAUACUGUGAACUACGUGAAACCAAGCAUUCUUUGUGGACCACUCGAUUCCGUGAAGUGCUGGAAAUUGUUGACCUUUCGCCACCAGUUGAGUUGGACGCCAAUAUGAAUACUCAAUUGGACAGUCUAGGUUUAAGCUCUGCCAAUGAUGUGACUUAUGCCAAGCGGGUGAUUAGCUAUUAUGACAAUCAGUUAGGAAAGGCAUUUGGAAGUUUAGAAUUUUUGGACAUGGCACUUAUACCCAAGAGUUUAGUUCAAUCCCUGAACAAAGCGAAGGUUCAGUGGGAUGCAUAAACAAAAGCAGUGUAGUAGAUCCAAUUCUGUAUAUAGGUUUAAAGGAUUAAAAUAAAAAGAUAUGUAGGCUUUAAUAAUGAAGUUUAUGAGUAAGUGAUCACAAAAGGUAUUAUAGGAAAGAGUGACAAUUCGUGUAAGUAUGACAAGUUGCAUCAUCAACAUGCAAUUAGAUCAAUCUGGAGAGUUUACAAAAAAAAGAAAAGAAGCAAAGAGCCGGAGCUGUAACGUAAGAACCGAGACGAUAGAAUCGAGUAGUAGGAGCUGAAAGGUAAGGGUUAUGAUAUUUUAAGUCAAAAC